AUGGCAUCGACACCAUCUCUUUUCAGCGAGCUCAGCUUUACGGCCAUUCAAGAAGCAUUCCCCUCGCCUCAUCCAGCCAUCGGAGCAGAGCAGGCCUCGCUGUUCUCGCAACCUUCGGAUCCAUCGCCUUCCUCGUCGACAGCUCGUCCAAAAGCUGUCACGCGUCCUUCGAUUGCAACUUCCGACGAGCAAGAUACUUCUGUCGAUUCGGUGGCAAGAGGACAGCGAAAGAGGAAGCGAAACUUCACCAAUGCAGAUCGCGUCGUGCACAGCGUGAUAGAGAAGCAGCGACGAGAAGCGUUUAACGAACGUCUUCAAUACCUCGCCGAUCUCAUACCGGAGUUGCAAGAGCUACCGACAUCGCAGCUGUUCAAGACGGUCGUUGUCAAUGCGUCGGCGACGUAUCAUCAACGCCAAACCAAGCAUCUCGAGACGUGUCUGCUCGAGAUCGAGGCUCUACAGCGCAGAUGUGCCAACCUUCAGCAAACUGUUUCGACACUGUCAGGAUGCAAUCCAAGCCAGCUUGCCGGGCCAAGCUUGAGCUCAGCCGAAUUCGCCCGUGUUGAGCUCGAGAUCCGCAAGGACCUAGCAUCUCUACAGCAAGCCAGCCGCGCUCGUGCAAGUUCAACAUCGACGAAUCAAUCAGCCCACACCGAGGCGUCAGAAGGACCAGCUCAAGCAACAGACAUGGUCUCAAUCGAAUCGCAGGCAAGUGAUCCAACGCAUGUCCUAGCCGAUGCAUCGCUCGCCAUAUCGGCAGGUCUAUUCGCCGCAUCACACUUUGAGACCUCGUCGACGAAUGCAGACUUCGCCCAUGUGACGACGAGCGCCGAGGAUCUGGCCGCUCUCGAACGCAUUCUUCCUGGAUUGCUGCCAGGUGCACCAUCGGCAAUGAUGCCCGCUUGCGAGACGCCACAGGUGGCGGUCGCACCCAUGCCGUUUCCAUGGGAAAGCUUCUCGCCGGGCAACUUUUUCUAUCGACAACUGCUCGAGGCUCGCGAACGCACGUAG